ACUUGAAAUACUAAGAGUUAUCUUUGAAGAGGAUUGCUGUGUUACUGCAACAGAGACACACGUUUGAGGUAUCGACGCGAUCAGAUUUUUUAACUUAGUGGUGAUGUAUCGCUCUAGUGGUGCUUACCAUAACAGCAGAACUGCUGGCUACACAGCUGGUUCAGGCCGAUCAAAUGAUUAUUCCGCAAAACCAGUUUCCUCGACAUCUUCGGUGUACUCCUAUAAACCAAGUUCUUCCUCAAUUCAACCGGGCACCUCCGCCACUGCAAGUCUGACCGGCUCAAGAUCGCCGUCAGCGAGCUACAUUACAACAGGCGCCAACCGAUCGAGUGGUGAACUAUCUUCAGUUAAUCGGGAUGCAGACCCCUCGAGAUGGUACUCCGGGUCAGGAAGGACUUAUGACUCUAUCAGGUCAGCAGACGUCUCAGGAAAACCAGUCGUUUAUUCUUUGAGUAACACUUCUCAACCAAGUGCAGCCACCUACACUGGGAGUUCUACUCGCCCAGUCACAAGUACUGUUAGACCUGCUGGAUCUUAUGGUUCAGUGAGAGCAAGUGUUUCCAGCCAGCCUACAGAAUCAUCAGUAAGACUGAAAACUCAGCCCAUAUACACCUCUAGUUAUUCUCUCAAGCCAUUCACGGUGAAUUCCACUGCUACAAGCGGCGGUUCAGCGCAUUUCAGCACACCUGCUGGCACCGGGUCAACAAGUGUCCGCGAUACUUUUUCUGCCCGCGGAACUCCGAGAACUAUUGCAAGUUAUGCAUCAGAGAGGGUAUCUGAAGCUAACCAGCCCACAAGAGAACCAAGGACGUCGUCUUAUACUGUACCGGCACGGACAUAUGUCAAUACAAGGCCAACGGAAAGCAGGUCUGCCAGUUAUCAUUCAUCUUACCCGACGAGUUCAAGCCGACCAAUUACGACUUCUAGCCGACCAAUCCCUUGUUAUGACCAACCAGUCAUGAGUUCUAGCCAACCAGAAACGAGUUCAAGCCGACCAAUUACGAGUCCUAGUCGACCAAUCACAAGCUAUACCCGACCAGUCACCAGUUCAAGCCGACCAAUCACGAGUUCUAGCCAACCAGUCACGAGUUCAACCCGAGUAGUCAGCUCUACAACUUUAACUGGCGCUCGAAAUGUAUCAUCAGCUGAUGGAAAUGCCAGAGACGAGGCCGAACGAGUUCGAUGUGGUAGGCUAGGCGAAGGAGUCAGCGGUCGUGCAAUAGUGAUCUCCGAUAGAGAAUUUCGCAACAACAACAAGGCCCUGACAACAUCAAAUCAUCAAAAACAUGCUGAGCAACUGACAACAAAGAAUAUUGACCUGCACAAGGACGAGAAUCGAAGCAAUCACUACACUGACAAGUACGAACACACAAACUUGAUUGUGAGGAGAGGCCAGGAUUUUGACGUCACUGUGAUAUUCAACAGGCCUUAUGAUGCCUCAAAAGACACAGUGACCUUACAAUUUGCAGUCGGAUAUCGACCACAAGAAAGUAAAGGAACCAUUAUCAGGGUGCCAGUGAGUCUGACCAGAGAUUAUGUGUACGGCGCAUGGUCAGCAAAGAUUAUGCAGACCAAUCAAGAAAGUGUGCGCCUUCAAAUAACGUCGCCAGCGGACGCCGUCGUGGGUAGAUGCCACUUUUAUGUGGAAACCAAGACCAGUGUACCGGGUGUAGAAAAAGAAACAGAUUUUCGUUACCAGCAUCCGGAAGAAAUCAUUAUGCUGUUUAACCCAUGGUGUAAAGAUGACACAGUGUAUCUGGACCAACAAACCUCACGCGAGGAAUACGUGCUGAAUGACAGUGGGCUCAUAUGGAUGGGAACCGCCAAGAGGAACCGAGGGAUGCCAUGGAACUUUGGCCAGUUUGAGGAUGUAUCAUUGAACACGUGUUUGUGGCUUCUAGAACGAGGGCAGCUCGGAACAGCUGCGCGUGCAAAUCCUGUCAGGGUCACCCGCUGUAUCUCUGCCAUGGCAAACUUCAAUGAUCAAGAUGGUGGUGUUCUUUUCGGUCGCUGGGACAACGACUAUCCCAAAGACACGACUGCUCCAACAGCAUGGUCCGGCAGUGUCGCCAUUCUGGAAAAAUUUUGGCAGAAGAAGAUUGUUGUCAAGUUUGCUCAGUGCUGGGUCUUUUCAGGGCUCGUUACAACAUUGUUGAGGGCGAUAGGCAUACCAACGCGAUCAGUAACAAACUUCGCCUCGGCGCAUGACUCAGAUGCCAGCAUGACUGUCGACUUCCAUUUUGACGAGAAAGGGAAGCCACUAAAGGAUAUGGACGAUUCUGUUUGGAAUUUCCAUGUGUGGAACGAAUCAUGGUUCAAGCGACCUGAUUUACCAGAUGGUCAUGAUGGAUGGCAGGCGCACGAUGCCACACCCCAAGAGACAAGUGAAGGAGUGUUUCGGUGUGGCCCUGCCUCAGUGAAGGCCAUCAAACAAGGUGAAGUCUAUUUACCCUUCGACUCUUCCUUCGUGUUCGCUGAGGUAAAUGGUGACCGCGUGUUUUGGGAAGUUGGAGAGAAUGGAUCCAUGAAAGUGAUAAGAAUAGACAAGAAGUGCAUUGGAAAGAUGAUAAGUACCAAAGCUGUUGGUAGUGAUGAUAGGGAUGAUGUCACUCACCAAUAUAAACAUCCUGAAGGUUCCGUCCAGGAGCGCAGAGCUGUGGAAAUGGCAUACAAGUACAGCAGCCGCAAGGAUCAAGCUAUUUACGGACUACCCACGGAGGACGUCAAGUUCUCAUUCGAAAUGCCGGAUGAUGUGCCCAUAGGAAAGGAUGUAAGUGUGUCACUGAAGAUGAAAAACACCACUUACAAAAGUCGCACAGUCGGGGGAAAGAUCACUGCCAUGAUUGGAUUCUACACAGGAAUUUCUUGUGAAGAUUUGAAAGAGGAAGACUUUGAGAUCACUUUAGACCCGUGGGAAGAGAGGAGCUUUGUCGUGGAUAUUCCUGCGGCUCUGUAUCUUGACAAAUGUAAAGCCGAUGGAGGUUUAAAGAUCUAUGUCAAAGCGACAGUGAAAGAGAGUGAGCAGAGAUUCGCUUCGUAUGACACGAUUGAUUUCCAGAAACCGCACAUAAACAUGGAGAUCACUCGGGGCGAGGCCAGGGUAGGCCAAGACUUUGAGGUCAAGGUUUCCUUUGUAAAUCCUUUGCCAGUCAGAAUCAGUGGAGGAAAAUGGUACAUUGAGACAUCGGGUGCCAACCCAAAAUCUAAAGAAAUUCCUAAUUCUGCAAUUGUGCCAGAAGGAAAAGAGGCUCAAGCAACUUUCAAACUGACGCCUUAUCGCGUGGGAGUGUGCCGGGUAUCUGUUACUUUCAGGGCUGACAUGCUCAGUGGAGUCUAUGGGAUGAGUGGUGUACGCGUCAGAGAAUAAACAAACCAAAACAAAAGCAAAAAGGGAAAAAAGUUGGGAACUCUACCUUAUGAUGUGACUCAACAAGCAAACCUGCCGCAUAAGCCCGUAGGAUGUCAAACAUUUGAAAAGCUAUUGAACUUUUUGACGAUGUAAAGGGAGUUGAGACAGCUAAGUUUUUUUUAUAGAACGAUGCAAUGUUAAAAUUUUGAAAAGGAAAAGUUCAACUUUCAGUUAUAGGGGGGGCA